AUGCAGUCUAUGCUAGCCCUUGGUCUGCUCCUGCUGCUGAGCAUCCACGCAGAGAUGGCCUUGGCGGCGGAAGACGGCCAGUUCGCCUACCAAGGCUUCGCGACGGCGAACCUUACGCUGGAUGGCCUCGCCGGUGUCACGCCCAACGGCCUCCUGCUGCUCACCAACACGGAGACCCUGGGAAAGGGCCAUGCCUUCCACCCUGCUCCACUCCGCUUCCUCCAAACUUCCACGAGCAGCACCGCCAUGGCGCGGUCCUUCUCCACGUCCUUCGUGUUCGCCAUUACUUCCAACUACGAUGGGCUGACCAGCUAUGGCAUUGCGUUCGUGGUCGCUCCAACCUUGAACCACUCAGCAUCGAGCGGCGAGCAGUACCUGGGCCUCCUCAACACAAUAAACGGCACGGCGAGCGACCCCAUCUUGGCGGUCGAGCUCGACACCAUCAUGAACGUCGAGCUCCACGACAUCGACAGCAAUCACCUCGGCAUCGACGUCAACAGCCUCAUCUCACGGCAGGCCAGCCCGUCUGGGUACUACAACAACGAGAACGGGGCCUUUCAAGAGCUGAGGCUCAAUAGCCGCCGACCGAUGCAGGUGUGGGUAGACUACGAUGCCCAGUCUAGCCGACUCAACGUGACAUUAGCACCCGUCCAAGUACCAAAGCCCAGGAAUCCUUUACUCUCUGAAGUCAUUGAUCUCUCCACUGUCAUGGCGGACACGAUGUACAUUGGUUUUUCGGCGUCCAGAGGUUAUGGCCUAGGCAUGCGCCACUAUGUCCUUGGAUGGAGCUUCAGCAUGGACGGGGCUACCCCGCUGCUAGACAUCUCCAAGCUACCCACCCUGCCAUGCAUGGGUCCCCAGUCUCGCUCCAAGAUGUUGGAUGUCGUGUUGCCACUGGUCGCGGCUUUGCUUGUCAUUGCAGUGCUAGCCAUGAUCUUCUUCUUCUUCUUGUGGCGUCGGCGCCAAUUCACGAAGGUGCAAGAAGAUUGGGAGGACGAGUUUAGCCCACAUCGUUUUGCAUACAAGGAUAUAUUUUAUGCCACUGAGGGGUUUUCAAGUAGGAAUUUACUUGGUGUAGGAGGAUUUGGAAGAGUGUACAAAGGAGUGCUUUCUGCCUCCAAUCUGGAGGUUGCGGUGAAGAGAGUGUCACAUGAUUCGAAACAAGGACUAAGAGAGUUCAUUGCUGAGGUGGUGAGCAUUGGUCGUCUCCGCCACCGGAAUCUUGCACAGUUACUAGGCUAUUGCCAUCGAAAGGGUGAACUUCUCUUGGUUUAUGACUACAUGGAAAAUGGUAGUCUUGACAAAUACUUGUACAAUGGAAACAAGCCAACUCUACAAUGGUCUGAGAGGUAUCGAAUCAUCAAAGGUGUUGCAUCAGGUUUGUUGUAUCUUCAUGAGGAAUGGGAUCAAACCGUCAUCCAUAGAGAUAUAAAGGCUAGCAACGUGCUCUUGGACAAUCAGUUGAAUGGGUGGCUAGGUGAUUUUGGUCUAGCAAGGUUAUAUGACCAUGUCACGGUUGCUAAAACAACACAUGUGGUGGGCACCAUGGGAUACCUUGCACCCGAAGUUAUACGCACUGGGAAGGCAACACCCUUAACCGAUGUGUUCUCAUUUGGCGUUUUUCUCCUAGAGGUCGCAUGUGGGCGCAGGCCAAUUAGCAUCAGUAAGGAUGUCACACAAAUAGUGUUGGUCAACUGGGUGCUUGAACGUCACCGCAAGGGCUCAAUUCUCGACGCGGUAGAUCCACGGCUCAUGGGGAAUUUCAACAUAGAGGAAGUCACUCUCGUGCUCAAAUUAGGUUUAUUAUGCUCCUACCCAUCAUCCAGUGCAAGGCCUAGCAUGCGGAAGAUCGUGCAAUACUUGGACCAUGGCCAAUCAGUUCCCGACCUGUCUCCAACCUACAUGAGUUACAACACUUUAGCAAUGAUGUAG